UUAAAAACUUUUAAUCUUCUGAAUGGAGAAGCGGAAGCACACCAAAACUCAAAAACCCUGGACCCUUUUCCUUAAACCCUAACAAACUUUCACCGAAUCCAGGCAUGGAAUCUCUCAGAUUGAAAACUAACUACCGCUGCGUCCCCGCACUGCAGCAGUUCUACACCGGUGGCCCCUUUGUCGUUUCAUCGGACAACUCCUUCAUUGCCUGUGCCUGCGGCGAGUCAAUCAAAAUCGUCGACUCCGUCACCGCCGCCAUACGCUCCACCCUCGACGCCGACUCUGAGUCCGUCACCGCCUUGGCACUCAGCCCCGACGACCGCAUACUCUUCUCUUCCAGCCACAGCCGCCAAAUCAGAGUCUGGGAUUUGUCCACGUUCAAGUGCGUCCGCUCCUGGAAGGGUCAUGAUGGUCCGGUUAUGUGCAUGACGUGUCAUCCUUCCGGAGGGUUGCUCGCUACCGGUGGAGCUGAUAGGAAGGUUCUAGUGUGGGACGUAGAUGGUGGUUACUGUACUCAUUACUUUAAAGGUCACGGUGGAGUAGUUUCUUGUGUUAUGUUCCAUCCCGAUCCUGAGAAACAACUUCUUUUUUCUGGAAGUGAUGACGGUGGUGAUAAUGCAACAGUAAGGGUUUGGGAUGUUUCCAAAACCAAGAAAAAGAACUGUAUUGCUACAUUAGAUAAUCAUCGCUCAGCUGUGACUUCUUUGGCAAUAUCUGAAGAUGGCUGGACGCUACUUAGUUCUGGAAGAGACAAGGUUGUAACAUUGUGGGAUCUUCACGAUUAUAGCAACAAAAAGACUGUCAUUACUAAUGAGGCAGUUGAAGCUGUCUGUGUGAUUGAUUCCAGCAGUCCCUUUGCUUCAUCUCUGCAUUCAUAUAAGCAAGAUGCAAAAAAACGUAGUGGUUCCAAAGCAUUCUAUUUCAUUACAGUUGGUGAACGUGGCAUUGUACGCAUAUGGAAUUCUAAAGGGGCAGGUUGCAUCUUUGAGCAGAAGACUUCAGAUGUUACAGCCAGCGUAGAUGAUGAUGGAUCACGUAGGGGUUUCACUUCUGCUGUUAUGCUUCCCUCUGAUCAAGGAUUGCUUUGUGUGACUGCAGAUCAGCAGUUUUUAUUUUACUCUCUGGAAUGCACUGAAGAGUUGUUACAAUUAAAUCUAACCAAAAGACUUGUUGGAUAUAAUGAAGAAAUUGUGGAUAUGAAGUUUUUGGGGGAUGAUGAAAAAUUCCUAGCCCUUGCUACAAAUCUUGAACAGGUUCGGAUUUAUGAUACUGCAUCUAUGUCAUGUUCAUACGUCUUAUCUGGUCACACUGAAAUUGUUCUAUGCCUUGACACCUGUGUAUCAACUUCUGGCAGAACAUUGAUUGUAACUGGAAGUAAAGACAACAGUGUUAGGUUGUGGGAGUCAGAAAGUGCAAACUGCAUUGGAGUUGGUAUAGGUCAUAUGGGAGCUGUUGGAGCCGUCGCCUUUUCCAAAAGAAAACGAGAUUUCUUUGUUAGUGGCAGUAGUGAUCAUACUCUUAAAGUGUGGAGUAUGGAUGGCCUCUCAGACAAUACGACAGUGCCAAUUAAUUUAAAAGCAAAAGCUGUUGUUGCAGCUCAUGAUAAAGAUAUCAAUUCUGUAGCAGUUGCUCCAAAUGAUAGUUUAGUAUGUAGUGGUUCUCAGGAUCGUACAGCUUGUGUUUGGAGACUUCCAGAUCUUGUAUCGGUUGUUGUGUUUAAAGGGCAUAAAAGGGGAAUUUGGUCAGUAGAAUUUUCUCCUGUCGAUCAGUGUGUUGUAACAGCAUCUGGUGACAAGACAAUAAGGAUAUGGGCUAUAUCUGAUGGCUCCUGUUUGAAGACAUUUGAAGGACACACUUCAAGUGUGUUAAGAGCAUUGUUUGUUACCCGUGGAACACAAAUUGUUUCCUGUGGUGCUGAUGGUUUAGUAAAGCUGUGGACUGUAAAAACUAAUGAAUGUGUUGCUACUUAUGAUCAUCAUGAAGAUAAGGUUUGGGCCUUGGCUGUAGGCAAGAAAACAGAAAUGCUUGCAACUGGUGGUGGUGAUGCUGUUGUCAAUUUAUGGUUUGAUUCCACUGCAGCUGACAAAGAAGAAGCUUUCCGUAAAGAGGAAGAAGGAGUUCUGAAAGGUCAAGAGCUAGAGAAUGCUGUCUCAGAUGCUGACUAUACGAAAGCAAUCCAAAUUGCAUUUGAACUGCGCAGGCCACAUAGGCUUUUUGAGUUAUUUUCUGAGCUUUGCAGCAGGAAGAGAGAGGCUGAGGAGCAUCUUGACAGAGCACUCAAGGGCUUGGGGGAUGAAGAGCUUCGCACAUUAUUUAACUAUGUUCGAGAGUGGAAUACAAAACCAAAACUCUGUUAUGUUUCACAGUUUGUACUUUUCAGAGUUUUCAGCGUCUUUCCUCCAACUCAUAUUGUUGAGAUUAAAGGGAUUGGUGAAGUUCUUGAAGGUCUUAUCCCUUAUAGUCAGAGACACUUUGGCAGGAUAGACAGACUUGUUAGAAGUACAUUUUUAUUAGAUUUCAUUCUAUCAGGAAUGUCAGUUAUUGAACCAGAAGCUCAACCGACAGAAUCAAAGACCAAGUUACUGUUGCAGUCCGAUAUCCACAUUCCGGACACAGAAAAUGACAUCGAGGAGAGAGAUGACAGUCCUGAAAUUACCGCUUCAAAGAAAAGAAAAUCAAAAAGAUCAAGACAUGGUUCACAUAAGAAAGUUAAGAAUGUAGCUUUCAAUAGGGUCGAGUCUAUACCACUACAGGCAUAGGGUUGGUGCUUUGGUCGUUGUCUAAUGUAUACAUAAAUGUUUAUUGGUCGAUGGAAGAACAGUUUUGAUUCAUCCAAAUUUUGAAAUCUUACCUUCAUUUGAUAAUAUGUAAGCGUAGCUACUGUGAUUGCAUCACCAUUGGUUAUUCGAGUAGAUUAGUUUUCCGGUCUGCCCUCAACAUGUUAUAGGAAUUCUGCUGUAUAACGAAAGAAAGUUAUUAGUUCUUGAGAGACUGCUGAGGCGCUGUCAACUGUUGUAUGAAAAAGGUAAUUCAAAGGAUUUGCACCAAAUUUGACCCACAA